GUUUUUACUUACAACGAUUUCUGCAGCAUCGGCCAUCGCGGAGUACGCUGAUGCCUCAAAAAAGAAGAAGAAGGAAGCGGAUGUUUCUCUAGACGAUUUAUUAACGGAGGAAGAAGAGCGCGAACUGGCGGAAUUGAACGCGUUCAUGGAUUAAAACAGGCUGCAAUAAAAUAAGAACGCCGCGUCAAUGAGCAUAAAAUUUUGGGUAUUUUUCACAGUCCAGAGGUGGUUUCGCGAAUUUUUGUCUGUCUGCCUUCUUUUUUACCCUAUCCUUCACUGUACCUCUCGCACUUGCAUGUCACGCCCACGUAGCCAUUCCAAUCGAGUAUCGUCUGCUCGGUCAAUGGACAAACGAGAGUCAAGGUCUCCUGGCAUUCUCCUGACUGAGCGCCAGGUCAAUAAGAUCACGAGCAAAAUUGCAAACAUCCGCCAUAGUUCAUUAUCAUCGCCAUUAGCUGCUUCAUCUCCAGAUAUUCUAACGACAAUAGAACCGCCUCUUACUGCACCACCCACCAUUCCAGAACAAAUUCAUUCAAUACAAGAAGAUAGGUUUUAUGCCAAAGCACCCUUGAACACUAGAAUACAGCCAGCCGUCAGCAUGCGAGCGGAUAUGUCAGAUAACUUUGUGCCUGAAAUAGGAUCCUUACCUUUACACCUUCAAGAAUAUUCAAUGAUUGAAGAUCUCUUGUACAUAAUGAUGGGCAUCGACGGAAAAUACCUGCAAAUCAUUCAACCUGGAGAUGCUGAAUCAGAUGACAAUGGAAUGGAUGAAUCGGCUCCUUCAAAGGCGCCCACUACCGAUAAUGGGACGGAUAUCUCUUGGGAUGAUGUUGCAUACUCGCUGGACGAAACAUUGGAUCCGAGCAUACGGCAGCUUGUAGAGAAACUUCUCCCCAUCGCCACUUAUUAUAUGUCUGUUGAUGCCUUUGUUGAAUUACAUUCUCGCUUUGAAUUCGGUACCGUCAGUCAUGCACUCUGCUCUGCCAUUCGAUCUCUUUUAAAGGAGUACUUGAUUUUAAUAGCACAGCUAGAACAUCAAUUCCGAUCAGCUCCAACCUUUACCCUCCAGAAACUCUGGUUUUAUGUUCAGCCUACUUUACAAACAAUGCAUACACUACACACAUUGGCAAAUAGCAUAAGAGCGGCCGGUAUUCAGCGAAAAUCCAGUGACGAUGACGAAAAUGAUUUUGAAGCUGUAUUGGAAGGUCUAAAGGGGAUUGAAGCAGAUAAGAACGACAUUCAAGUAUCAGAUCAUCGGAAAGGUGGCGCUCUCCUCACUAUGCUUGCAGAGAGAUUGGUUGGUAUGAGCGGUGAUCCCAAGAACAAGAAAUUAUACAGCUAUUUACUUUCUCAAGCGUCACUGCCGUACCUCGAGAUCCUAUAUGCUUGGAUCCAUAGAGGUGAAAUUCAGGAUCCAUAUAAUGAAUUCAUGGUGCAAGAAAAGAAAAACGUGAGAAAAGAAAACUUGAAAGAGGAUUUCAACGACGCUUAUUGGGAAAUGCGAUAUACCAUUCGAGAAGUUGCAGUACCCAGUUUUCUUGAGCCGCUCAAACACAAGAUCCUGGUUGCUGGAAAGUACUUGAACGUUGUCCGGGAAUGUGGCAUCACCAUUUUAGGACCCCAGGAUACUAAUCAGGAUGAAGUUGAUCCGCAAUCUGAAGAGUUGCCCACACCACCGCCUCAACCAAGAGACGUCUCCGCUGAUACCCAAAGCAAUGAAGGAAACAAGGAGAAUGUUCCCUUCAGCACUGAGCGCAGUUCUGAAUUUGGUCAAAAACCCUCGCCCAGCGUUGAUGGCAUUUCCAUGCGCGGCGAUAUCCUUAUGGCUGUAGAUGGUGGCCGAUUUGUCCAAGACUUGGAGGCUGCUUAUAAAUAUGCUAAUCGAACAUUAUUGGACCUAUUGCUCAAAGAUCAGCAACUUCUGGCACGACUUCGAUCUCUCAAACGAUACUUUUUCUUGGAUCAAUCUGAUUUCCUUGCACCUUUCCUGGAUGUAGCAAAGGAAGAACUGAGAAAACCUACCAAAGACAUUGUCAUUACCCGUCUCCAGUCGCUUCUCGAUUUGACUUUGAGAAAUCCUUCAUCUGUGGCUGUAUAUGAUCCUUACAAGGAGGAUGUCAAGGUUGGGAUGAGCUCUCUCAAGAUGGUUGAUCAGUUAUUAAGAAUUAUCAACGUUGCUGGCCUGGACGGAUCCGCUGCUCAACUUGCCGCUGGCGGCAAAGACGGACGAUGGAUAGGAAAUGCGACAGCUGGACUACGUGAUAGCUUACAGACCAUUGGCGACUUAGCAACGAGCUUAUAUGGCCUCCACGGCACUCAGUCUGAGAAACUUUACAGCGACGGUGGCUCGACAGCUAGUAGCGUUGUUGGAUCCAGUAGUUCACGAGAAGUCCUCAAUGGCUUCAAUGCACUCACUUUGGAUUACACUGUAACCUUCCCUCUCUCCCUCAUUAUCUCCCGAAAAGCACUGACAAAGUAUCAGCUCAUUUUCCGACACCACUUGUACUUACGACAUACUGAAAGUUUACUCAGUGAGGCAUGGACUGAGCACAAAAUGCCACUGUGGAAGCGACCCUCCAAGCAUAGCGAUAUCAACGGUUGGAAAUACCGAAUAUUUGCUUUGCGAAAUCGCAUGACGGUGUUUGUCCAGCAGUUUUCUUACUAUAUCACCAAUGAAAUCUUGGAACCCAAUCAUAAUCAACUCAAAGAUACCCUUUCAAAGGUUUCUACCGUGGAUCAAGUAUUGCAAAUACAUUCUGAUUUCUUGGACAGCUGUCUAAAGGAAUGUAUGCUGACCAACUCCAAGCUGUUACGGAUAUACAGCAAACUGAUGACCACUUGUGUCCUCUUCGCAAAUUAUACUGACAAAUUCACUCAUGCACUCACGGUACUUGAAAAGCAAUACAGCUCUGAAAAGUUCGGUGUAAGCUCUGGCAAAUUUGGCAACACCAGUGGCAUUACGUUGGAAAGCCAAAGCCGAUCACUCCACAAGAUUGAAGAAAACUUUAGUUAUCAUAUGAAGUUGCUGAUUGAUGCACUCAAUUACUACUCGGCUACAGAAACACUCCAAUUCCUUUGUCUUGUCGUCAGGCUUGACUACAAUUCAUAUUAUGGCAAAGACCAGAAUAAGGAACGCAGUCGGUAUGAAGGGGAACGGCUAUGAUGGUAGUCUUUAUUUUAUUUUAUGAAAAUGAUAUAUAUAUAAAAAUAAGAAGUCCUCAAUAAACUGGAUAUAUACAC